AUGAUAGAUACACUAAUAACACUUGGUAAACUGAUUCUGGUAACAAUUAUUGAUGCAAUUAAAGCCUUAUUCCCAACUGGUUAUUUGCCUCGAAAAUCUGUUGAAGACCAAAUUGUACUGAUCACUGGAGCAGGUUCUGGAAUCGGCAGGAUAAUGGCUGUUGAAUUCGCAAAGUUAAAGGCUCAGCUUGUAUUGUGGGAUAUCAACAAGGAAGCAAAUGAAAAAACAAAGGAACUCAUUGAGAGUAUUGGUGUGCACGCAUAUACCGUCAACUUAGCAAAGCGUGAUGAAAUUUACGCUGCUGCUGAAAAGGUUAAAAGUGAAGUGGGUAAUGUGGAUAUUUUGGUCAACAAUGCUGGAAUUGUUACUGGCAAAAAACUAUUCGAUUGUCCUGAUGAAAUGAUGGAAUUAACAAUGGUCGUUAACUGCACUUCACACUUUUUCACCACCAAAGCAUUCUUGCCACAUAUGGUUGAGACCGACCAUGGACAUAUUGUCACCAUUGCUUCAAUGGCCGGUAUCAUCGGCACAGCUGGUAUGGUGGAUUACUGUGCCAGUAAAUUCGGAGCGGUUGGAUUCUCUCUGUCGUUAGCUUCAGAAAUGCUUUUGAUGAGAAAAAAUGGAGUUCAUGUAACUACUGUAUGUCCGUUCUUUAUUAGUACCGGAAUGUUCCAUGGAGCUGCAACAAAGUCGCCAAAUUUGCUACCAAUAAUGUCACCAGAAUAUGUUGUUGAGCAGGUUUUGGAAGCUGUUUUAACGGAUAAAGAGCUUAUACUUAUGCCCAGAUUUUGUUAUUUUGCUGUAUUCCUUGCCAGGUUAGUUUACAGAGUAGAACUGAUCCAAUUUUUCCUACUAAAGAGCAAAUUUUUCUGUUUAAAAGCAGAACUGCUGUUAACUGCAUUAUCCGUUGGUAUACUUUUUGCUUUACAAUAUCGCCUUUCUUUUAUAGCUCAAUCUUCACUGCUUGAGCUGUACAAAGGGUUGGGAGUAAGAAACGGCAGGAAGUGA